GCAACACUGAGGUAAGCUCUGACACUGCCACUUACAGUCAUCUGUUGGGUUGUACAAGAACUCGGUGAAACAGGUUUCAGCGUUGAUAUCCAUUGAUCAUGCCUGGUUAUGCAUGUGUUUUUUCCGAAAAAGACAUGAAGUCUUUUGAUCCUAAAUACCUCUGCACGUCCUGUGGAAAUGUAUUGAGGGAUCCUGUACAGACCAACUGUGGACAUCGAUACUGCAAGUCUUGCAUAGAACCAUUACUAAGAAUGUCGUCUUCGAAGUGCUUGGUGGACAGUGCGGAAAUCACCAUGGAGAAGAUAUUCGAAGACAAGUUUGCGCGACGCGAAAUUCUGUCGUUACCAGUCCAGUGUACAAACCAAAGCGACGGCUGCAAUUGGACAGGAGAACUGGGACAUCUAGAGGACCACGAGGCUCAAUGUCCGUAUACCAAGGUUCAGUGUAUGUAUCCCAGUUGUGGAGUCCUGGUGCUGAGAGGAGACUUAUCCCGGCACCUUGAAGCAGCCUGUAUGUUUAGACAGCAGCAAUGUCAGUACUGCAAGUUUGUGACAACAGCUGACCAGCUUAAGGAACACGAAGAGAAUGAUUGCGAGGAAUACCCGGUGGACUGUCCAAAGUGUUCAACUGUAAACCUCCCACGAAAGCAGCUUUCAAGCCACCUUGAUGCUGUUAAUGGUGACUGUGAAGCUGUUGAGGUGCUCUGUGCUUUUGAGAGCAUAGGAUGCAAACAUGGAAAGAAUGUCGUCUUCGAAGUGCUUGGUGGACAGUGCGGAAAUCACCAUGGAGAAGAUAUUCGAAGACAAGUUUGCGCGACGCGAAAUUCUGUCGUUACCAGUCCAGUGUACAAACCAAAGCGACGGCUGCAAUUGGACAGGAGAACUGGGACAUCUAGAGGUGUGUUCGUAUUGUAA